AUGAUGGCAGGACAAAGCCAUCCUGAUUUUCUGGGUGCACCCUCCGCAAGAUCUUACCGUGAACUUUUAGACAUCGGUUCUUUGUCCCGCCCGUAUUUUCAUGAAGAUUCUAAGCAGGCCGACUCCACAGCUCUUCAGUAUUCGCUUGGAUCUUCAUGUUACAUCAACGAACUGGCUCCUGAGCUUCUUGCUACGACAUUUUUACACGUCUUGGAUCCCAUGGCGGCUCCUCACUGGGAGCUCUUCAUUUGGCCGUCCGCCACGUUGAAGUCUACUCGAAAGCUCAUCAAACUAAAGCAGGUUUGCCGGUACUGGCGUGAGAUUUGUGUUAACACUCCCUCGUUGUCCAACACAGUCCAUGAUUUCCGCGGUUCCAAUUCCUCUAUCAUACAAGAAGUGAUAAAAUGCGGGACGAUAUCACUGAAUGUGUGUGUUGAUCGGUACUUUCCGAGUCCUGUUACUCUCCCAUUGUUCAAAUCCGGUGGCUGGCGCAUCCAUAAUUUGCAUCUGUACUUUCCCGAGGAUCGCUCGUUUGCAUUCCGCCUUACAGCUCAGCCCAAUAAUCAUGGCUUGGCACACGAAUCCUUGGAGCCACUUGAGCUUCAGCAUAUACAUCUUUGUACGGAUUUCCCGGCGUCUGCACUCGAACAUUUUACAGUAUCCUCAUCCGCCAUUGAAGGAGGACCUUUCUAUCCGACUCUUUUCCAGGACCAUGCUCCUCAGUUGAAAACGCUGGCAUUACGAUCUUCAACUUGGCUUCCUGCAAACAUGUUCAUCAGCCUCACACACCUGUAUAUCUGUCUUUCCUUCAAACGUAUUCGACACGUACAACCGCUACGCAAUUCAGUGUGGGUCCUGCCCAGGCUGCUUAUAUUCAUGGCCGGUUGUCCAAAUCUGGAAGUUGUUUCUCUGUGGAACAUUUUUUCAGCGUGGACGGUGUUGGAUGGUAUUCCUUCUAUCACCCUACGACGUCUCGAGCGACUCGAGAUUGGUGGGGCACACCAAGAUGUGAUCAAGUGGCUUCUCAAGCACAUCACAAUCCCUGCAGAUUUUGCGGCAGUCCGUAUCUCUAAUGUUGUCUGUACGAGUGGCGGCUCAGAGCUGAAGGUGCUGUUACCUCUUCUUCCGUCCAUCGAUCCGGGAACAAUGCAUGUCCGGCAGACAUCUAACGGACUUUCCGUGUCCAUUACCGAUUCGUCUUCAAGCAUUGGCGUUGAAACAGUCCGUUCAAAUCCUGAAGCGGAAAUAUGGACACCAACGGUCUGGGCAUUGUGGCACCUGGAGGGAGUGCAGGAGCUGUACCUCAUAGGAACGCACGAGGUAGUGAUAGAGUUCUUCGCAGGCAUUUAUGAGCUUCUGAAACAGCUGCCAUUGCUCUCGACGCUCGUCUACCGUGACAGCGCGCCGCCGAAUCUUCUGUUUGAGUAUCUCUCUCCGCCAGUUAAUACCACGCCCAAUGGCCCCCCUUGUCCACACCUCAGCACGCUACGUAUUUGCAUUCCCGAAGGCACCACAUUAGACUUCCCGAAGUUGGUUGCAUUCACAGAGACGCGCGCUCGUGCUGGUCACCCUCUACAUCGUGUCACUUUGGAGUUCGAGUCGCACGCAUCGGAUCUUCACGCAGAAGUUGAGGUACUGGGUACUUAUGUGGAGUUCGUGGAACUGCGCGAGUAUGAUACGACUUCCGCGAGUAUGUCGUUGCCAGUGCCAGCAACCUGCACUUUGACGUCGGACGCUACUGGCCAACUUUGGGGUACAUAA